AUGACAGACGCCUCGAGAAAUGCGGGCCGAUUGGGUUCAAACACGUCGAUGAACAACGGCGGCCCCCUGAAAGUCUGUGCGAACUUCCCUUUGAUUUGACCUGAGCGAUAUCGCAGAACAGAUGCUUCCUUCUGGAGAUCGACGACAAUCGCGUCCAGGAGAGAAUCAGCACGGCGAUACGACGUCAGGGAGGCUCCGUCGUCUAUACGAUCCACGAAUCGACAACUCCUGCCGUGCGUUUCAAAGACUCUAGAACUAAAUAAUGCUUAAAUGAAAAAGCUUUUUUCGAAUGAUUUUUUUUCAGGUCGUGGUCUCCGAUCAUUCUUUGGCUUUCAGAAUCGAACGGAAGCAAGUGGAUGUUUCGAAUCCUACCGCAAAUGUUUGUCAUGAAAACUUUUUGUAUAUUUUUGAAAAUAUCAAGAAAUAUUUCGGCCCGAGAGGUCGAUAAUUUUUUUGAAAUGAGGAGGAAAAAAAUUUGGUAGCCGACAGUUUGAUAGUGCUGUGCAAAAAAAUUUCUUUUUCUUUGAGGUUGAGAAACGUUUUUGAGCUCAUGAGUAGCUUUCGAAGCUCGAUUUUCGAGCCAAGGUGAAAAUUGCUUUUUUUCAUUACAUACACAUAAUUUUUUUCAAUAGCUUAUUUCAUAUAUUUUCUCUUCGCUCAAUUAUUCCCAGCUUCAAAAAUUUUUUUUUCAGUUUCUCAGAGUUUUGCCGGCUCUACUUCGAGAAGCUGUCAAGCGCGGGAUCAAGGUAUAUAUAUUUUUCGAUAUUUAUGAACCAAAUAUUUCAAGGUCAGGACGGCAGAAACAUUUAUGAAACAACUGGAGAAUCUCAAAACGCGAACACAGCGAAGUUCCUCCACGUCCAACUCUAUCCAGCGACAGUUUCCCUCGGUAAAAAAUCAUUUUUGUCCGAAAUUCGGUUUCAGCUAUGAUAUUUCAGAGCCGCAAGUCUUUGGUCGAUCUAACUUCUUCUUUUUCUUCUGCAAAUGACACGCCCUGCUUCAUUAGGAUUGACCCGCCGCGACGAAGACCAGAAAUCAAAGUUUUUCGGAAUCUCUUGUUAUUUAUCACUUACUUGCUUUUUGCAGUUUUUCAAUGGAAUGGGAAGACUUCAUUGUGGUUAUGACGCCGGUUACAGUGUUCUGAGGAAAGCUGACGACUCUUUAGUGAAUAAACGGUUAGAAAUAUCAUCUUUCUUGUCAUUUUGAAGAUUUAAUUUAGGAAAACGAGAUUAUCAGGAUUUUUCUAAAUGGUCGGUACGUGGCUCGAAGAAAAAAACGUUAAAAAAAUUGUCAGUUUUUUUCCCUUUUUGAAAGUUCCAAUAGUGAUGGUUGCCAGAGACUGUCAGGCUUUUUGUAAAGUAUAGAACGUAAAAAAAUAUCUUUUUUUCUUAACUUUAUUUAAUCGGGAAAUGAACGGAAUUAUUUGCAAAAGUGAAAGUUCGGCUUUUAUUUCCCAAAAGUUUUUUUGACUUGGUUUCUACGAUAAUUAAAAAAAUGUUGACAGAAGGUUAAAUCUCAAGCUAAACGCAAAAAUUAUAAUUGAAAAGAAACGCUUAACUUCCUAUUGAAGGACGAAGAAGACACUACAUGCACCUACUGCAAUGUAAACAUCGUGGAUAUCGUGGAACACGAAAAGUCGGACGCGCAUCGGAAAAAGUUGUAUCGUCUAGGAAUCAUGCAGCAGUUCGAGCGCGUCGUCAUGUCUACACGAUUAGAGGUUUUUUCUUCGAAUCCUGAAUAUAACACGAUGAAUUAUUCGUUUUAGAUAGAACAAAGCGCCCGACAUCGUCCCAAAACCACGACUGAGACGAGUUCUGAAGCGUUGGCGGCCUACGAAUACGGCGAGAACCAACUUCGGCUGGACCCUCAGAAGCUGAGUCAAGCGAGGUCGGAACCUCGACCUUACUCUUCUCCGGUUGUGCCAAAAACCGAAAACGACAGCGCCUAUGAAAGUGCUCCUCCUUGUUCGUCCUACGCCUCGCUCUCGUCUACUGAACUUGAUUUACUCGAUUUCAUAGGCCAAAAGCCUUUCAAAUCGUCUAAAUGA